AUGUCUGUUGUCAGUUCAUUGUUAAAUCAUGUGUUGACACACAGUUUAAAAGGGAAUGUUCAAAGUGUAUUGCAUACGAUCGAUGAUUAUUGUUGGGAAAAAUCUGCAAUGAUGCAUGUUGGUGAUAAAAAAGGAAAAAUAUUAGAUGAACAAGUAAAAAACCGACGUCCAAAAACGGUAUUAGAAUUAGGUACAUUCUGCGGUUACAGUUCCCUUCGUAUCGCCUCUCAUUUACCAGACGAUGCUUUUUUUCUGACGUUUGAAAUAAAUCCAGAAACAGCUGAUAUUGCACGGCAAAUUCAUGAACAUGCCAAUGUUAGUGAUCGAAUUAAGAUCAUUGUUGGUUCAACAGAAACACUGAUACCAAAAAUAACAGAAUAUUUUAAUAUAUCUUCAUUUGAUUUUAUAUUUAUUGAUCAUUGGAAAAAUGCUUAUUUACGUGAUUUAAAAUUACUUGAGCAAGCAAAUUUAAUUGUUAGUGGAACAAUGAUCGUCGCCGAUAAUGUCAUUUAUCCCGGUGCACCUGAUUAUUUGAAUUACAUUAGAAACAAUCCGAAUUAUUCUACAAAACUUUAUGAAUCAUUACUAGAGUACAUAUACAUCACACAACUUGUAGCAGUGGCAGCCAAACUGCCUGAUGUUCCUCAAACAAAAUUAGAUGAACCACUUGCACAAUGCGGUGUACUUUAUCUGGGCACAGCCACACCAGCAGCGGGAUUAAGAGGUUUAGAUUCUGUACAAGAACCACUUUCGAAGCGUUAUCCUGUCGAUGGAACAAAUACUGUUAAAGGCAUUGACGCAAUUGUAACCGUUUACGAGGAUGGUAUACAAUUACAAUUUGCUCGACAUCCCUAUAUUGCUAUAUUUUAUCCUAUUACAUCAUUAGUGUAUUGUGCAAGUUUACGUUAUGCAGUUGUUGACGGUGAUCCUAAUAAACAAUUCGUCUCGUCAGACUGGUACUUUGCACCAUUAGACGCAUUGCAAUCGAAUAAACAAAGUAAACAUCCUCCAAUAUUCUGUACUGUAUUUCAGCGUAGUCAAGUAUUAACUGGUGAAGAAUGUCAUUGUUUUAUAACCAAAAGUGACGAUGCAUCACUAGCCCUGGUUAAAGCAUUAUCAACAGCCUAUACAUCAGUUGACCCUGCAUUAAAAUCUUUAAAAUCGCCAAUUUUUUAUCAACUUGAUCGUUAUGGUCGUAAAUUAACGGAAACAAAUGGAAUGGUUUACUUAUUGCCUGCUGAUGGUAUUAGGAAAGAAAAGAGAAAUAGUAUAUUUGAUCCAAGAUUAGAUGGAUAUUUUUAUAAAACCGACACGGCAAUAAUUGAAGUAUGGCAAUUAUGGGAUGAGGAUAAUGUAGUUCGCCCAAAACCUCCACCAUCGCCUUUUGGCCAUCAUCAAGGAAUUUAUCAUGACGAUACAAUCAAUGAGAUAAAUACCCAUCUUAAAAAUAUGGAUGAUAAAGAAGAGAAACGCUCUUGCUCUUGCAGUAGUCGAUCUUCAUCCCGAACAUCUUCAUCAGAUUCAUCGUAUCAGGCACUGUCUCGACCAACUUCAUCUAUGUCGAAACGUCUUCAGCGAAGACGACUAUUAUCGAAGUCUCUAAAUGAUGAUAAUUCUAAUCCACCAUUUUCAUAUUUACAAACAAGUUCAUUUGAACCAAUAUUAAUUGAUACUACGCCAAAAGAUUCAGGCCCAGUCAUUAUAGAAAAAUAUAUUUCUGAACGACAAAAUCCAGAAUCUAUUCAGACUCAUGAUAAUUUUCAGGCAUUUUUGAAUGAUAAUAAUUCUUCUCGAAACGGAAAAUAUCGACAUCGUCGAAAAAAAUAUAUUCUUGAGCAACCAACAUCAAAAAAACCUCUAUUUGUCGAUCUUGAGCCGUCUCUUUAUCAAUCGGAAGAACAACAAAUCCAAUAUACUCACGCUAAUACAUCAAUGGGAGAUCGAAAUAACUUUCAAAUAAAUGAGAAAGGAGAUAGAAUAACAAGCAAUGGAAAUCGAAUUAUAUUUAUGGAUGUAGUUACACCAGAUUUACAUAUGAAACGAGCGAGUCAUUCUUCAUCAAAAAAUCAUCGAUUGUCCCAGCAACGACAAAUUCCCACUACCACUACACCAUAUGCUUCCCAUCCCCAUCGCCAUGAAUAUCAAUACAAUGAACUACCGGUAGACAAUGCAACGACCAUAGUUCGAAAAAAAAGAUCAUCUAGCAGACUGUUUCGUAAAAAGUCUCAUCGGCACCGUAUACCCGUUAUAGAUAUAGAAAAUAUUGAACAUUUAUUAGAAUCACCGAAUAAUACAGCACGCGUACGUAGUCCUCUGAUGAACGAGAAACGUGGUCAUGAUUCUGAAAUUGUCGAUGGAUAUUUUGAAGAUAGCACUGGUAAAACUAUCAAGUUAAACCGUGAUGAUGCUGAGUCAAUGUUGGCUAAACUACAUAAAGGCAACCAUCAUGCCAGUACAAUUCCAUCUAUUAACAGCAGUAAAGGUUCAAACAUUCGACAUGGCAAUUACUCGGCAACCGUUGGCUCUACUAUGACCUAUGCUGAACGAAGCAGUGAUCGUGUACUUUCGAAAAGUCUUCUUAAUUCUAGAUUAUCGACGAUUAUGAAUAGUCAAUAUUCUUCUAAUAACACUCAGGAAGGUGUAGGAAAUAAUCAUGUAACACAAUAUGUCGGAACUAUGUAUAGUACAUCACAACGUGAACGUUUGAAAUCGAGAGAAUCGAAACAAUCAAUAUCGUCUAAUAGCAACGACAACCAAAUAGCACUACCAAUAACACCAGCAUUGUUUCAAGCAACAAAUAAUUCAUAUAUUUCACCAUUUCACUAUAUGCAAAGUAGUAUUAAUCCGUCAUUGCUAAGAGAAUAUCGAUUGUCUUAUGCAUAA